GGUCGGCGCCACACGUGCAGCCCCGCCGGCCAUGGGCGAGUUCCAGGUGCACCGCGCGCGGCUCUUCGCCUUCGUGCCCGCCGGGGUCCGCUGCCUGGCCGCCCCCGGCGCCCGCCCGCCCCGCCGCCGCCUGGCCGCCGGCCGCCUCGACGGCGCCGUGGAGCUCUACGACCUGCAGGCCAACGGCGCCCAGGAGAAGGUGAUCCCGGGCCACGAGGCGCGCGUCGCGGAGGCGCUGUGCUGGGCGGCGGGCGAGCGGCUCUUCGGCGCCGGGCUCGGCGGGGCGGUGGUCGAGUACGACCUGGAGAGACUGCGCGUCAAGUGCUCGGUGGAUGCCUUCGGGGGGCCCCUCUGGAGCAUGGCCGCCGACCCCGCCGGGACUCAGCUGGCGGUUGGCUGUGAGGACGGAUCCAUUAAGCUGUUCCGCGUCCUAUCUGACAAAGUCCAGUUUGAAAGGCAGCUGGACCGACAGAAAGAGCGCAUCCUCUCUCUCUCGUGGCAUCCGUCUGGGACCAAGAUUGCAGCUGGCUCCGUUGACUGCUUCUACAUCUUUGAUGUCAAAUCUGGCCACAUCAGCCAGCGGAUACUGGUGGAGAGACGUCUGCAAGGCUCCCCCAGCCAGAAAUGCCUGGUUUGGGGCCUGGCCUUCCUUUCAGAGGGCACAGUGGUCAGCGCGGACUCUGCUGGAAAAGUGCAGUUCUGGGAUUCGGAGAUGGGGACUCUGCUCUCCAAGCAUCCCAUCAGCAAAGCUGCAGUGCUUUCGGUGGCCGUGGCUGAGGCAGAAGACAGUCUUGUGGUUGGCACGUCGGAAGGGACGGUAUAUCAGUUCCAGCUGCUGCCAGUGAAGCUGGGCAGCACUGAGCACCAGUGGGUGCGGACCAGACCCUUUCGGCAUCACACUCAUGAUGUGCGGACAGUGGCGCACACCGCCACAGCAUUCAUCUCUGGAGGGCUGGAUGGACAACUCGUGAUCCGACCCCUGAUGGAGAAGGUGGAGUCGAAGACCUACGAAGCCGCCCUCCGCACAAUCACCUUCCCUCACAGGUGCCUCGUCUCCUGCGCCAGGAGAGCCCGACUCCUCCUCUUCCAGUACCCCCAGCACCUGGAGCUCUGGAGGCUUGGCACCACAAACACCCCUGGUGAGGAUGCGCAUGGCUCCCAAUGUGCAGGAAGGCCUGGCGAAGUCCUGCCAGUGUCCUGCCCACCCCAGAACCUGCUCCAGCUGAAGGCUAAGGGUCCAGAGCACAUCCGCAGCAGCUGCGUCUCUCCAUGUGGCAGCUGGAUUGCCUACUCCACAGCUACCAGGUUCUAUCUGCAUCAGGUCCAGCUCGUUGGCGACCUCGUUUCCAUCAACAGAGUUCGUAAGACUCCCAAGCUGAACGGCUCAGCCCACCACCUGCUUUUUUCCAACGACUCCACCAGGCUUUUUGCGGCAUCGGAUCGUGGCUGCGUGCAUGUACUUUUGCUCUUGCAGUCAGGGGCCUGCAAGCACCUACACAUCCUUCGUCCGAAUUUGGAGAUGUCAGAAGCAGUGCACCGGCUGGCGGUGAGCGCAGAUGGCAGGUGGCUGUCUGCAGCUGGAGGAGACUGGGACAUCCACAUCUACAACUUGGAGAACACCAAGCUUCACUGUACUGUGCCAGCGUACGGGUGCCCAGUGACUGCACUGGCAAUCCAUCCAGCGACCAAUAACCUCAUCAUCACGCACUCAGAUCAGCAGGUGUUUGAGUUCAGUAUCAAAGACAAGGGAUACACGCCCUGGAGCCGAGAGCUGCAGCAGCUGGGGCUGCACAAGGAUUGGCUGGAGCGAGACACGCCCAUCACCCACAUCGCCUUCCGCCCCAGGCAUUCCUCGCACGUCCUGCUCCACGACACAUACAUGUUCUGCAUCCUGGACACGUUGCUGCCACUGCACCAGGAUGCUGCAGCCUCGAAGCAGCAGGCACAGCUCGUGAAGGCAGCCCAGCGCCAUCGUGGCCGUGCCUUCAAGAUCUGCAAGCGGUUUCAGCCUCUGCUCUUUGUGGAUUUCCUGGACGAGAGUUCUCUGGUGGCGGUGGAGCGGCCCCUGAUGGACAUCAAGGCCCAGCUGCCCCCGCCCAUCUAUCAGAAGAAAUUUGGGACGUAGAGAGGCGGCCCCACAGAGGAGGCCUUGAGGGACCUUUGCAGAGGCUGUCC